UAGUGUAAAUAUGUUAUUUCUUUUAAAAAUGUCUUCUUCCUGUAAUUUCUACCACAUUUCAAUUGUCACUAGGGUCUAACGAUACCCCAUAUAUGAGUGAAGUAUAUACGUUACUGAAUGUUAGUUAGUGCGCAUGCGUGAGAAAAAUCCCACGUCUUGGCAUCACUGUAACAGUUGGCUACUCUGUUGCGAAUGGCAGUCGAUUUACUAUUACGUUCUUAUAAUUGAGUUUAGUGACGUCUCUUUGUGGAAAGUGCAUUUCAACUUGAAAUUAAUGAUCAGCUAUUUAUUAAAGUAAAUAGUUAAAUACGAUUUUUAAGAGAAUGGCUGACAACGAGCAAAAAGCUAAGCAGUUAUUAGCCGAAGCUGAGAAGAAAUUAGCAUCGAAAGGUUUUUUCAGUUCUUUUUUCGGGGGAUCAACUAAAUUGGAAGAAGCGGUAGAAUGUUAUCAACGUGCUGCAAAUAUGUUCAAAAUGGCCAAAAAGUGGAGCGCUGCUGGAAGUGCAUUUUACGAUGCUGCAGACUUACAUGCUAAAGCUGGCAGUCGUCAUGAUGCAGCUAAUUGUUAUGUUGAUGCAUCUAAUUGCUUUAAAAAAUCAGACGUUAAUGAGGCCAUCAGUUGCUUGCUCAAAUCUAUUGAAAUUUAUACCGAUAUGGGAAGAUUUACGAUGGCAGCUAAACAUCAUCAAAGUAUAGCAGAAAUGUAUGAGAGCGAGGCUGUUGAUUUAGAACGUGCUGUUCAUCAUUACGAACAAGCAGCGGAUUACUUUCGUGGCGAGGAAAGCAAUUCUUCUGCUAAUAAAUGUUUGUUGAAAGUUGCACAAUACGCGGCUCAGCUAGAAAAUUAUGAAAAAGCAAUUCAAAUAUAUGAACAGGUUGCUUCUGCAUCUUUAGAAAGUUCAUUACUAAAGUACAGUGCAAAGGAAUACUUCUUCCGAGCUGCAUUAUGUCAUUUGUGCGUUGAUGUAUUAAAUGCACAACAUGCGAUUGAACGCUAUCAAGAGCAAUAUCCAGCAUUCCAAGACUCUAGGGAGUAUAAAUUAAUUAAGACAUUGAUAGAACACCUCGAGGAGCAAAAUUUAGAAGGGUUUACAGAAGCUGUGAAAGAAUAUGAUUCAAUUUCACGGUUGGAUCAGUGGUACACUACAAUAUUAUUACGCAUAAAGAAGCAAGUCAAUGAUAACCCUGAUUUACGCUGAUCAGUUAUUGUUCAUUUACAUUAUAUUAUGUCAAUGAUAUUAAUGCUCCAAAUCUAUAUGUAUUCUUUCCUAAACUAUAUCCUGCUUUCGGUGGUAUUCAUCAAGUAGGUUCGUUUUUAUACCCGAAUAUCAUAUUAUUCCCUUGCGAUUCUAGCUAACAUAAUAAGUUUGCUGUAUAAUCCAAUACUUAAAGAAAAAAAAAAAAAAGAAAAAAGAUAAAAAAAAAUUCCCAAAAAUGCAUCAAUAUAGAAUCACAGAAAUUUAGAAUGCUUUAAAUUCUAUAUCAAACUUUACAGGCUAUUUUCCAUAUUCAUAUAUAAUACAUACAGUUAUAGCAUCGCCUUAUAUGUAGGCAUAGUAUAAUGUUAUAAGUAUUGAUAAAAAAAAAAAAAAAAAAAAAAAAA